AUGGCAUACCCAAGACCAACUUCGAUACUUCCAGGUGCGCCUGGUGGGUCUUCUCUUCGCCAGCCCGGCUCGCAAUCGACCUCUCAACAAUCAUCGGCGUUGUCGGCCCGCAUUACAGCCAAGAAGGCUGAGCUAGAGAAUUUACGCCAGCUGCGCGAUCUGAGUGGAACACUGGCGACGCAGAUGCAAGCUUUGGAAACCAAGGUCUCCACGCUGAAUGACGGCACAGAAGCUGUUGCCUACGUCUUAUCCAACUGGGAUAAUGUUUUACGAGCUAUUACCCUUGCCUCCAGGAGCGGACUCUACGAGCCCGAACCGGAGAACAAGAAUGUGGACAUGCAAACCGAAGCUCGCUUGCCGGCAACGCUGGUUCGCAUUCCAGCUGAGCCACGUGAGAAAACUGGCGAAUGA